AGGAGGGCAGCAAAGCUUCAGACUAACGGGUCUCUAAUAUGCAAUAAGCUUGGCUGGAAGUGGUUAAUGGGAUCUCUCCUCCCUUUAGGAUAUGAUGAGCAUCCAGACUUAGAGUCCUAAAAGUGGGCUUAUGUUAUGAAGGUACCAGAGGAAGAGGGGCAUCUUCUUGCUGUGUUGGGUUUGUCGUGUGUGUUGUGUACAUCGAGUGCUGUGACUUUUGUGCUGUACCUGCAGUUGAGGUGAUGAACUUUGCGGUUGGUUUCAAACCUUUGGCGGGGGACACACAGACCAUGGACAACUUGGAGAAGCAACUCAUAUGUCCCAUAUGUCUGGAGAUGUUCACCAAGCCUGUGGUGAUUUUACCCUGCCAGCACAACCUUUGUCGCAAAUGUGCCAACGACAUCUUCCAGGCCUCCAACCCAUUGUGGCAAUCCCGUGGCUCAAGCACAGUCUCAUCUGGUGGACGAUUCCGUUGCCCAUCCUGUCGUCAUGAGGUUGUUCUAGACAGACAUGGCGUGUAUGGUCUACAGAGAAAUCUUCUGGUUGAGAACAUUAUAGACAUCUACAAGCAGGAGUCAUCCAGGCCCCUGAACACAAAAUCUGAGCAGCACCUGAUGUGUGAGGAACAUGAAGAUGAGAAGAUUAACAUUUACUGUCUGAGCUGUGAGGUGCCCACCUGUUCCAUGUGCAAAGUGUUUGGUGCCCACAAAGACUGUGAAGUGGCUCCACUGUCCAACAUCUACAAGAGGCAAAAGAGUGAGCUAAGUGAUGGCAUUGCCAUGCUUGUGGCUGGUAACGACCGAAUUCAGGCAAUCAUCACUCAGAUGGAGGAGAUCUGCAAGAGCAUUGAGGAUAACAGCCGGAGGCAGAAGCAGCUUCUAAGCCAGCGCUUUGACUCUCUGUAUAACAUUCUGGAGGAGAGGAAGAAGGAACUGUUGCAGUGCAUUACACGGCAGCAGGAGGAGAAGCUCCAGUCCGUCCGGAACCUGAUCCGCCAACAUGGUGACCACCUGGAGGUGACUUCCAAACUGGUGGAGACUUCUAUACAGUUCAUGGAUGAGCCACAGAUGGCAACGUUCUUGCAGAAUGGCAAAGAGCUAAUCAAAAAGAUCACAGAUAUGUCCAAAGUCUCCACGAUAGACCGACCAGACCCUGGUUAUGAGAACAUGGAUCACUUUAGUAUCAACGUAGACACUGUGUCUGAAAUGCUGAGGACUAUAGACUUCCAGACAGGGGCCCAGGGGGAAGAGGAGGAAGAUUUGUUUGACGUGGAGGAAGUGGAGGCCUCAGUGGAGGAAGACAGAGUUGAAUCUAAUGAAGACACGGCUUCCAGACAGAAGGCUGCCACCCCGCAACAUGGUCACUGACUGUCCCUGUGUGAUACCCCAGAUCCUGCAUGAUGUGGUGUGACAUGAGAAGAUUGUGGUACCCCGACCCGUGGUUACCCUGUGCUCUAUUAGACCUCCUGCAGCUGUGCCCAUUGAGCAGCGUGUAUCUAAUGUUCUUAUACUCUUUCUGGCUCUCAACAAAUACCACGUGCCCUGCUAGUAUACUCCAGUAUUCAUUUGUUUCGCAAUAGGAGUAAUAAUAGUAAUUCUGGGGAAGUCUGGUGACAUAACAGUAACCUGAUGCUUUAGCAGAUUUGUCAGAAAAAGGGACUCCGUAAAGGACAACAGUGUAGAAAUGUGUGGGGGAGGAGCUAUAAGAUUUAUGUUGGCAAAAGCCUGAGCCUACAGAAUUGUCUUUAGUUCCUUUUAAAUGCCCAGCAGAUUCCGUAUGUUGGUACGGCUGAAAUGAAAGCUUAGGCCUCAGUGUUAAUUCAAUUCUGGGCAAGUUAACCGGUUUUCACCUGAGGGUCUUGGCAUGUAGGUGGUGAGAACCCUGAUCGUGCUUGGUAUGUUAGUGUGCCCAGCUUGUGUGUAAGUGGUGUUUAAACCGUGCCAGCCAAAAACACAAGGAUGGGCAAUAUGUUACUGGAGCGUGGAAAGACCCCAAAAUGUAUUUAAUAAUAAUAUAUUUUUUUUUUAUGUUAAGCAAGACCCCUAAACUGUCACUGUUUUUCAUCAAUAAAACUGCAGUAAAUUGCACCAGUAA